AUGGCUGAGGUCACGGCUCGUUCGGUCUCCGAGAAGGCUCGCGACUCCGGUGUUUUCGAAGUCGUCGGCGGCGCCGGAGGACGAGUGGCUGAAGAGGCUACCGGACAAGAAGAAGCCUUUGUGCUCUCACAGUCUUCCUGGCUGAGAAGCUUGGGGUUUUUCCAGAGCAGAGAGGACCGGGCCGUUUGGCUGAUCGAAAAGCCCGAGUGGCAUGCCCAGCUCUCUCUCGACGUUACCGAUCUCUAUGUCAGGUAUCUGAAGACCGGACCUGGAAAUCUUGAAAAGGAUAUGGAGAGGAGGUUUAGCUAUGCACUGAGCAGAGAGGACAUCGAAAAUGCAGUGCUUGGAGGUCCCUGAUAACAAGAAAUGGUAUUCUUUCUGGUAUUUGUUUUGCUUCUGAAGGCACUAAUUGACCUCAUUGGUUAUUCCGUUAUUGUACUUGUGUGAAAGUUACUUUCUAAUCCUGUGAAAGUGCCCAUCAGCUUUUUAAUAAUAGGAUAUGUUUUUGGGUGAAAAGGGUUACUUGAACAUUGUCCUUUUAGAAGGCAGCUUUUUCAGGAAUAUGAUCUUUCUUUCUUCCUUCCUGGUUCA